CAGGUCUUGUAUUAAUUCAUGUGUUGAUUAAAACAGUGGCAUAAUAUAUUUAUUUUUCUCAUAUAAUUGGUUUAACAGAUCCUCCUGUAUUAUAUCAUCACAAGUUAAGCAGAAGAAUUCAUUUUGAAUGUCUUAUGUAAUUGUGUUGUGAAAGUGUAUUUGACAUUUAGGUCUUCUGUAAAAUGUGGAUAUCUUAACAAUAAAAAGAGUAAAUCUUUAACAAGUUUUGCAUAACUGUGCAAUUCGCACAGAAAUGAGUAACGGUGGUCGGCCUAACGCAAUGAAUAAUUUUCCACCUGGCGUUAAUCCUGAAAAUAAUAUUUUGCCUGGAGGUCCAUUGGUAAAUCAAAUGAUGAAUCGUAAUAACCGAAACAACAAUCAAAACCCGCUUUUCAAUGUCAGAGAGAGGCUAUUCCAUGCCCUGUUCUUCAAAUUUGCAGUUGCAUAUGCUAGAACAUUUCCAAGGCCUGUGAGAAGAUUUUUUGAAUUCCUUGUGCUAUUAAAAGCUCUUGUUGCAUUUUUUGUUCUUGCAUAUAUCCAUAUAGCAUUCUCAAGAACACCAACUACUUGCUUGAAUCAUGUGAAGGAUUCAUGGCCACGACAUGGCAUCCUUCGUGUGGAAAUACUGAAAAAUCCAGCUCAUGAUUAUACUAUUGAACAAAGUUAUGCAAAAGAGAGAAAACUGAAAAGGGAUAAAGAGGAAUUCAAUUCUAUGCUUGGAAUUUUAGCUACCGAAGGAUUCAUCAAUAUAGAAUCGUCAUCCAAUGAAGAUAUAAAGGAAGAUGGAUAUCUGCGCGAUGGAACUGAUUAUGGAAAUAUAACCCGAGUCCUAGAUGAGAAUGUAGAUGAAGUACCACCAGAUCAAGUUAUGGAGACUGCAUAUUUUGUUGAAAGCAAGGAUACAUUGCCUGAUAAUCCAGAGCCGGAUCUUAAUACGACUAUAGUACCCAUAGAUAUGGAACCUACAACAUCAAUAUGGCAAGGAAUUAUGGGACUUGUAGAUGAGUUGGAUGGAGAUUCAAAAAUAACUGAAGAAUCUCUUGAUGCGGCAGCUGCAAAUGAUACUUCAAGAGAUGAAGAUUACAUACUCGAGUAUUCAUUAGAAUAUGGUUUUCUAAGACUUACUCCGAGUGCUCGUUUGCACUUCAAGAUUCCUGUAAAAAUAGUAACAUUGGAUCCUCAGAAAGACGUCUGUUUCGGUGAUUCCUUCUCUCGCUUCGUCCUUGACGAGUUCCUAGGAUAUGAUGACCUUCUUAUGGCCUCCAUAAAGACAUUGGCCGAGCAAGAGGAUAACAAAGGUUAUUUAAGGAACGUGAUAACGGGGGAGCACUACCGCUUUGUCUCAAUGCUGACGUCACGCACCUCAUAUAUCGCAGCCUUCUUUAUUAUGCUAGUCUUUACGGUGUCGAUUUCAAUGCUGCUGCGGUACGCCCACCACCAGAUCUUCGUCUUUAUUGUGGAUCUGCUGCAAAUGCUGGAGUUUAAUGUGGCAGUCUCCUUCCCGGCAGCUCCCCUGCUAACAGUCAUAUUGGCAUUAGUCGGUAUGGAGGCAAUAAUGUCGGAGUUCUUCAAUGAUACGACGACAGCUUUCUACAUCAUCUUGAUCGUGUGGAUAGCCGAUCAGUACGAUGCGAUUUGCUGCCAUACGUCCAUUGCCAAGCGGCAUUGGUUGAGAUUCUUCUACCUGUACCACUUUUCGUUCUACGCAUAUCACUACCGCUUCAAUGGACAGUACAGCAGUCUGGCUUUGGUGACCUCCUGGCUCUUCAUCCAACACUCCAUGUUGUACUUCUUCCAUCACUACGAGUUGCCUGUAAUACUACAACAGGCUCAUCUGCAGCAGCUCCUACUCCGGUCACACCAUGGUAUGGGAGGCAUGAUGGGGCUAGCGGGAAUCGCGGCUCUGGCCAGCGGCGCAGCCUAUCACGACGCGCCGGGAACUGCCACGCAAGCCACUCCGCCCACCACACAGUCAACCACACAAACUGUACAAAACACCGCUCAAUCUACAACUCAAACUUCGCCGUCGGUGUCCACCGCGCAGACUAAUACGACUCAUACGGGUGAUGUUAUGCCAACAAGAUUGUUGUCCCCGGAAACCACAGCAACGGGAACAAACACUGUCAAUGAUACAAUUACACCUUCGCCGGUGUCUAAUCAACAUAAUGAUCUAAUAAGGAACUCCGAAAAGAAUACUUCUAUCAACCAGGUUGGUGACAACGGUAUGAAAAUUGAGGAGAUUGCAAGAAAAAAAUCUGACAGUGAUAUCGGAAUGGUGAAAAGUAAUAAUUCGGCUGCGGGCGAUUUCGAAAUCACUAAAAAACUUUUGCCUGCCGCCGCUAGAGAUGAGAAUGUCAACAUUAGCGUCGCCAAAGCUGAUGUGGCGACGUUAGACCGCAGACGAAACGAGAACAUGGGGUUGGUGGCGGACGAGCCUCCGCCAGGCAACGUGGCGACUGCGGUUAGGCUGGCUCCCAGAGCUUCCCCCGAGGCUGACGACUUAGAUUAGAACACUAACAUUGAUAUAAACCGCUUUGAAUAUGAAUAUUCAGUUUAUAUUUAUCUGUUUCAGCUUAGAAUAAAGUGUAAAAUUCUUGGUCAAAAAUUAUUUAUAAUAAUUAAAUGGGAUGCUUAGACGGUACUUAUUAAAAAUGUUAAGAGGGUAAGUGAGUAUAAGAUGGAUAUAUAAAUAUUAAUAAAAUGUUUAUUUCUUUUAAUCGAUGCGAAGCCAUUUUCAUUGUUUAACUUUGCUACAGUUGAUCUUUAACAUUGGUUCUUUGUGAACCGAUUUAUUAACUAUAUUUACAUAUAGAGAACAAACUAUUGUAGUAUUUAGGCUCAUUAGACGUUAGUUUCAAAAGGAAUUUUAAUCUACAGUACAUUUUAACUGAAGCUUUGUGAUGUGUUACUUCUUUCUUAGUGGCAACUCGGAGAACUAUCGUUUCUACAAAAGGUGAUUGUAUUGUUUAAGCCAUCGCUGCCAUUAUUACAUCAUAUGUAAAUAUUUAGGUAAAGUUAUAUUUAUUAGGAUUUUAACGUGUUUGUAAUUUGUUACUUUGGAACAUGCUUGCAAGAGCUGGAAGUCGGCGUUGUUUUUUCUUACAGAUAUUUAGUUGAUUGCAUUAAAUAUUUCAUUAA